AAUGAAAUGAAGGUCAUUUUUGCGUGAUUAUCAAGUCGAGUAAACUAUUAUUUUUGUUCACGCGUAACGUCUUUGUUGUUGGCAAACGUUACGUGACCACACAAACGCGUGGAGAUCCUCUUUUCCCCCGCCAAAAAAAAAAAACGAUUUCAAAUCGGGAAUGAAACCAGUUUUAGUCGUCAUCUUUUCAGUGUUUUCCAUCAUCUUUGGAUUCGGAUCUGUCGGCCUACAGCUGGCCGCUUUGAUAUUGUACACGAGAAUCAGUAACUAUGUUGUGCUCGGCUACGAUGUCGUCGCCCACGGAAUCUGGUGCGGUUUCAUUUACAUCGGCGCCGGAAGUCAGGGACUGUAUUCCUCGUACAACCAACCGAAAGCUCUGUUCAUGACGGUAGUGACCGCAGGCGUCGCAGUUUGCGGAGCCAUUGUUGCAGCCACUCUGUCCGGUUUGGUAGCCUCUUCCGGAUUCUCUUACGCUUGCGAUGCUUACCAUUAUUCAAGCUCAUGUUUACCGUGGCUCGAUCUCGAAUGGGCCCUGAUGGGCAUCAGCAUCUUGGCGGGCAUCAACAAUUUAAUUUUGAUGUACUACGCCAAUGUUGCACGUCAUUCCGACAAGUGCCGCGGGAGAAAUCACCACAUUAGAAGUGACAGUCAUUCAGAAUCGCCUGGUCCUUACGUCAUUCACGACCGGAGGCAUCAGCAGCCCCAGAACGUUGUAACAUCCGACAUUUAAUAUCGCUCUUCUAUUCGUUUGUUUUUGUUGCUGUACAUUUCAUAUUUUAUUCGCAAAUGAUAUUCACAAUGGUGUAAAUAUAUAGAACAUGACAACUUCACAAUUCAAAAUGUUAAGACAAACAUUUGACUAUAAAUGAAUUGGGUUGAAUUGCGAAUAAUGUGCAAAAUACAUUGUUCAUCGGUGUA